AUGUUGCAGCUGGUAGGUGUGGGUGCGUGCGUGUUCUCCGGCUGGGCGCUGUGGGACGGGCGCGGCUCGGAGACCAGCGCGGGCCGGGCGGGGCUGUGCGCGCUGGUCGCCUGGGCCGCCGUGCUCACGCUGGGGGCACUGGCCGCGCUGGCUGGUGCUAUUCGUGGAUCGGCGUCUCUGCUGGCGGGGGCCUUCGCUCUGCUGGCGUUGAGUGCACUAGCUGAAGGUGGCGCGGCGUGGUGGGGCGCAGCUCACUCCGCGCACCUCACACAGAUGUUGCGAGACCGCCUGCGGCACACGCUGACACACGACUACGGCGUGCUGCCCGCCCGGACACACAUGUUGGACGCCAUACAGCACGGGCUGCAGUGUUGCGGCGCGGAGAGCACCCGGGACUGGCAGCACGCGGCGUGGGGCGGAGGGCUAGAGCGUGACCGGUCGGGCGAAACCAUCGACCUGAGCGUGCGCGCGCCCGCCGCCUACUACUGGGUGCCUCGCUCGUGCUGCUCCACCGCCGACCCCGAGGAGUGCGAGGCGGCGCGGCGAGUGGCGGCGGCCUCGGGCGGGGGCGCGGGCCUGCACGGAGCCCCGUGUGGCGCGCGGGUGUUGGACGCCCUGAGCGCGGCCGCUCGGGCUCCGCUGGCGGCUGCCGGCGCGCUUCUCGCCGCUCACGCCGCCGCUCUGCUGCUCGCUCUGGCACUAUGCCUCCGAGCUCACCCCGACACGCGGUACGGAACAUUUUAA